GUGUGAUCAGUUUGCUCGGGCUAUUUUUUUUUUUUUGCCGCCGAGGUUCCAUCUUUAAGCGAUUUAAUCCCAACCUUGAAUUUUUUUUUUUUAAAUUGUCGCGUUUCCAAAGUAUAAUAUUUAGAAAUCGGUAUUUUAUGAGGCAGUCGAUCUUUGCUUUCUUAUUUUUUCUGCGGCUAGCCUUACUUUUGCAGUCUCUUAGCUAUCGAGAAUAAUUUCCGCAUCCAUGCCGAACUACGACGAGAGAAUGAAAAUAUUCGUCGGUAAUGUCGACGACCGGACAACGCAGGAGGAGAUCACGGAGCUAUUCGAACGCUACGGCACGGUCGUCAACUGCGCCGUCAUGAAGCAAUACGCCUUUGUCCACAUGCGCGGGGCAGAGGAGGCCACGAAGGCCGUCGAAGACUUGAAUGGCCGCGAGCUUAAUGGCAAAAAGAUGUUGGUAGAGCUGUCUAAGCCCCGGCCUCAAAACACUUGGAAAAUAUUCGUGGGGAACGUGAGUUCCUCCUGCGAAGGCUCAGAAAUCCGCAAAAUCUUCGAGGAAUACGGGAGGGUGGUGGAAUGUGACAUAGUAAAAGAUUAUGCGUUCGUUCAUAUGACGAGAGAAAGUGAAGCUAGGGCUGCUAUUGAGGCUUUGAAUGGAAAGGAAAUUAAAGGAAAGAGGAUUAAUGUGGAAAUGUCUCACAAAGUCCAGCGAUCAGGGACUUCAAAUGGUAGUUCCCAUGGUAGACGCCGAACAGAUGAUCGCGAAGCACCACAGAGUCGCGAGUCGUACAACCACAGAAGAGCCACUGAAGCAGCCUAUGCCUCUUAUGCCCUUAAGUCUGGUUAUGAACGAUAUGCACCAGAAUCCUCUCGUUACGACCUUUACGAAAGCAGACCCCGUCCACCAUCACCACUGUAUUAUGCAAGGGACAGGAGUCCGAUGCGUCGAUCAGACUACGCUUUAUCACAGACUGCUGCCUUAGCAUCAAAGUACCGUUCUGAGCUAGCAGGUUAUGGGAACCUGGCUUCUGGUUAUUCAGGCCAGGCUUCUGCGUUGGCCUCUUAUGCUAACCAGGCCUCUGCAUUGGCUUCUUCCUACAGUAGCCAAAGAGCUUACAGUGGUUCUUCUGGAUAUGGCACAGAUCAAAUGGGCUCUUACAGUACCCAGCCUUCUGCCUACAGUAAUCAAGGAUCCUCCAUCUAUGGUACACAGUCGGCUUCCCUGGCGUCGUCCUAUGGCAGCCAGCCUUCACAUAUGUCUGCUUCCCCUUAUGCUUCAUCUGUAGUGCCCAGCGCCUAUCGUCAGCAGCAGGCUGCUGCCUAUGACACCACCGCACUUGCCUCUCUUGGUCAACAAUCUAUGACUUCCACCAAUCCGAUGUAUGAACGCACCCGUCUCUCCCCGCCGCGGACCUCAAUAGCUGACAGCUACAAAAGUUCAGCUGACAUUCAAAGGUAUGCUACAGACCGCCGUUUUACCGACUUAUCCGAUUACCGCCGUAUAUCUGAAUUGUCUGCUGCCUACCGCCAAUCUCCUCCCAGCUCUGCACUGGACUACCGCCGCCCGGAAUCUCAGUCUGAUUAUGCAUUGAAUGAUUUCUUUCGUUCAGCUCAGCUUCAUGCUGGCUACCCCCGCCGUUUAUAAUGUGCGCUUAGUGCUAGUUGUACAAAUUGAAUAUCAAAGCAAUCUCAUAAUUUCUUUAGUGUGUUUGUCUAAGCUUCAGCUUUAUACACUUUUUAUAAACAAUGUUAUCUUGCUGAAUGCAUUUAAAACCAAUAACUAUAUAAAUCUUGUUAAUUUUCUUUCAUCAAUGUUCGAUUUUCAGUCUCUGAGAACCUUUAAUGCUAGUGUGCACAACUGAACCACGGAUUACAGGUACAUUGCUAACCCUCCCUCCCCCCCCCAUCUGCAAAUUUAAACAUCCUAUCCGCAACCAUACAUUUCCUACUCACUUAGAGUGUGCUGUAACAUUCACCACAGUUUAUGUUCAAACAUCCAUCUAUUUAUUGUCCCCCUGAAGUUAAGGAUGCUUGAUCCGUCUGUGUUUUGUGACUGCUUUGUGACCGAUAUUUUCGAAUACUAGACAUUAGCAAACUAGUAUACAAAUUCUUUACCCAUUAAUCCCUUUGUAAGGUGUCAUUUGAAAGGGAAGUUUACCUUUAAAUUCACUUUUACAUAAAGAUCCACAUUACUUAAAGCAAUACUGACACGUUCCUAUAAAAAUCAUAGAAACGUGUCAGUAUCAAGUAGUUGCUGCACCCGCAAUAGUUCUCCUGAUUUUUAUAGGAAUGUGUUCUUCUGUUUUCUUGUGUAAGAGAAAUAAGUAAGUUACAGGGACUUUAAAAAUGCAUGCUGUUGUAUAUUAAACAAUAUAACCAUAAAGUACUCCAUAAACAAUGUAACCAUAAAGUGUUCCAUGCUCAAUCCCAGGAGAUAAUAGAACCGCAUAAGAGUAACUUUCACUGACAAACUUUACAAACACACUUUUAUUUGCAGGAUAGAAACAGUUUAUUAUCCACCAUUGUUAAUUUCUUGAAGUUUUUGUGUGCACCACUUUUUUUUUUUCUGUAAUGUUAGCUGUAUAAUAUAUGCUGCAGAAUGCUUUACUCACUGUUUUUUGCGUUUUUGUUUUGGGUAGGCCUGUUUUUUGUUUUUUUUUUAAACUACUUAUAAAUAAAGUGGUUGAAAUUGC